UCACUGUUGGCGAAAAAAAAUAAACAAAAGUCCCGUAAAGACAAACUAAUUCGCACUACUUGCAAAAAAAUUACUAGUUACUUAGGUUUUUGACCUUGAAAAAGGUAAAGUUACUGGUUAAUGACCACAACAACUCAAGUGGAUUAUAUAGAUCUGUGGAAGGGCAGUCAAUUGACCGUCUGGCCGCACUUUUUUGCACUUAUCACUGCGCAGUCACAAUUGCAAAUUGCACAAAGAACGUCAAUAUUUAUAAAUCGAAUUAACGCUGCACCCGUCAAGUGAAUCUUCCGCCGACGAAUGGAUCAUCGUGUUUUCCUGUCGCUGAUCUUUGUGCUCAGCGGCACCUUCAACGUUCUGGUGGUGAAGUGGGCCAAUCAACAACAGGUAAUCGGCAGCGAUGGAAAACUUCAUGGAUUUCAACAUCCAGUGGUGUUCACACUGCUCAUGUUCCUGGGCGAGUUCCUGUGCUUUGCGGUCUUCAAGGUGAUCCGCCUGAUCUCCAAUCGUCGUGGAGUUAUAUCCGAUCUGGAUAGCAUCUUGUCGCAGGACAGCAGUGAGUUCCGCCCUGUUAGCAUGCUAUUGCCCACUUUGCUGGAUGCGGCAGCCUCCAUUCUGUUGUUCACCGGACUUUACUUGACUUACGCCACCAGCUUUCAGAUGAUAAGAGGCGCCGCCCUGAUCUUUGUGGGCAUCUUUAGCACCAUGUUUCUGAAUCACACGCUGACCGGACGGCACUGGCUGGCCAUCUUUACGAUAUCGUGCGGCCUGCUGGACAUUAUCAGUCUGGACGUCCAUCGCGUUGAAUACGACCUGGUCACGUUGCCUUACACGGACUACAAAUCCAUUCUGACCGGCGACUUACUCAUCAUCAUUGCUGAAAUUCUGCACGGACUGCAAUAUGUUUGCGAGGAGAAACAGCUAAAAACCUCGAAUGUUGCUCCACUGCAAGCUGCUGGCUGGCAGGGAAUCUUCGGCUUGGGCAUCACCUCGAUGCUGGCCAUUUGCAUGAACUUCCUGCCGAGCAUUGAUCCAUUUAGCUGUAGUUCGCGUGCAGUUUUCGACGAUUGGGGUGAUCUCUUUGCGGCUCUGCAGGGGAGUAUCUCAUUGAUUAUGACUCUGAUUGCCUUCACCAUCUCAUGUGCCAUGUACAACUUCAUUGGACUGUACAUUGCGAUGUACUCGUCCAGCGCCAACCGGCUUCUGGCCGAUGGCCUACGCGUUUACUUCAUCUGGGUGUUUGUGAUUAUCAUGGAGUGGGAGUACAUGAAUCUGGUCACGAUCAUGGGCUUCCUCAUCCUGCAAAUGGGUAUCAUCCUCUACCGACAGGCCCUAUUCCUCGACUGGUAUCGAGCUGCAGUGGCCCGCUGGUAUCGUGCUCGUUACGUGGAUUUGGGUACUGAGAAUGCGGCUGCUCCGAACAGCCGGCCAGCGGAUGUGAUCUAAGGUGACUGAGGAGUAGCUGAGGUGAAAGGAUUGUGAUGAGAGAGAUGGGCUGCAAAUCAACCCUGGGCUGAUUCUUGAAGAUUACUUAUCGAUUAUAUGUAUAGAUGCAAUAAGAAAAUACACACAUUAAAUGUUAAUUGAGCUCCUAGAAGUCAUUUCAUUUCAUUAAAUUCUAAAUAUUGGUUUAUAUAGGAUAAUUCCUCUAUGAUGUAGCCGUCCAAUUUGGGAAAGUUUCAUACAGAUAGCUUCAAACCUGGGGAACUAGCUUGUGUAGAAGACGGACGGAUAAAACGGACAUGGCUUAAUCGACUCGGGGAUAAAAAAAUUCUUAUUAAUAUGAGGGGGGGGAAGAGACCUUUAAUUAUAAGUUACACAGAUUUCGUUCGCUCGAUGCCCAGAAUCUUCUCGCCCACACCCAAAAAAUAAAACAUUUGCGCGAUACCAAAUAGUGGAGCUAGCACCAUUAUCCGACAUAGACCGCCCUUAAAGAAUGCACUUAUGCCCUCUUCCUUAAGGGUCCUAUUUACACAGUCCAUGAUGCCUUUGAACUUCUUCUCGCCAUCGGCCUGCAGUCGAGUCUUGACCACAUCAAAAGGGGUGACCAUAAAGGCAGAAGUCAUGCCAGACAAGAGUCCAGCUAUCAGAGACCAGUAGAAGACCGCUUCCCCAGAACCAUCUGACUUGCGUGGCCCCUGGUCAUUUAUCCAGGCCAUUAGCGGAAAGUACACCAUCGAGAACGUAAUAUCCCGCACUCCAGUGGCGCCCACACCCUUGUAUAAACCGAAGAUUCCACGCUCACGAAGGAGCGUCUUGGUCAGACCCAAGGCCGUUAUAGUUUUCACCUCUCGUCCUGCCGCUCGGUCGGCAGCAGCCACCCGCCCGGCGUCCUGCAUCUGUAUCUUGAGGAGCUCCAUGGGCGUGGUGACCACGAUCUGGAAUAGCCCGGCCAGGCCCCCGGCCAAAGUAGCCCGUGACAACGGAAUAACCCCGUCAUCGGAUGCCAGAUGAUACCGAAAGAAGUCGUUGGCGGUCAACUUGAUGGCUUUCUCGGGCGUAAUCAGCACGAUGUUCACCGCUGAGCCUCUGUACAUUCCAAAAUAGCCUUCGCUGGCGAUAGUCUUUCGGAAACAGUCGGCGCUAAGGCAAUAGAGUUCUCCAUUAGGCGGAUAAUAACAAAACACAACCCAAACCGAAAACCCAAAACUCACAUGCUGGUGUACAUGCGCUCUCCAUUGGGACCUAUUGUUUGGUUUUGCAGUCGCGUCUUAACCAUGUCCAGUGGAUAGACGCAUGCCACUCCAAUAAUACCGGCGACGCCGCCAUUUAUAAUUUUCGGAAAAACGCUGUGAUGGGUUCGCAAUUAAGUAUAGGUUGUAGUAUUAACCAUAUGGUAGAACUUAUUAACUUAAACUUUUGUGGUUUUUUUUGCUCUUGGUUCUUUUGCUCAACUUGUUCCAACAUUUUUUUUAUAGGCCAAGAAAUAAUUAAUGUUGUACGAAAAUUUUGAAUUUACAUUAGUAUAUUUCGUUAGUUCAAUUCUGACGGUUUUUAUAAAGCAUACAAUUUCUCUAGUCAUGUUCUUGAAUGCCACUAAAAGUAAAUUUCGCCUGGCAGCAAAGAAAAAUGCAUUACUAAUACAAUUUGAUGCAGAACGUUCAUGGCUAGCUGCGGAUUGCUCGGGAAAUAAAGACUAAAUAGAGAGAGUAUCCAAACACAACAGUUAUAGACUAUGAUAUUAACCAAAAAUGUACAUUAUAUCAGCGAUUAAUUUGCUUUAUCUUAUUGUCAUUGGAGCAUCAGUUAUCUUCUGACAUGGUCUAAAUACAUAUGUAGUACAUCGUUUGAGUAGUUUAAGAGGAUUGGGGAAAACUUUAACAACUUCGCUGGCUGGCGCAUCGUUCGAUUACUUUAGCUUACUAUAGAGACUUCACGAUUACAUUCAUGGACAGCUUUAACAACAUUUAAACACGAUAUACAUACACAUUCAAUAUUCAAAGAGAGUACAUUUAAAAUGCUUCGGUCUUGUCAAUCCGCCUUGGCGCGCACUCAUUCCAAGCCGCCCUACUUUUUCUGAUAGCCCAGCAGGCCCUCGGCCACGCCCAGAUAGUAGACCGUUUGAGCGAUUCCGAACAGAGGAGCAAUCACAAUCAUUCGGCACAGGCCGCCCUUGAAGAAGGCGGUGGGUCCCUCGUGCUUCAGUGUCUUACUAUUGGAGAAUUUAUAUGAGUUU